CUCCCCCCCCCCCUGCCUCUUCCUCCCUCUGUGUUGCGGGAAGUUGUCGAUGAGCGCCCCGCCGGUCAUCCGGCCGCCCAGCCCCUCGCAGCCGGGCAGCGGCGGCGGCGGCGGCGGCAUCUCCUUCCACCUCCAGAUCGGCCUCAGCCGGGAGCCGGUGCUCUUGCUGCAAGACUCCUCGGGGGAGUUCAGUCUGGCCCAUGUCCGGGAAAUGGCUUGCUCCAUCGUCGACCAAAAGUUUCCUGAAUGUGGCUUUUAUGGAAUGUAUGAUAAAAUUCUACUUUUUCGCCAUGACCCUACCACUGAAAAUAUUCUCCAGCUGGUGAAGUCAGCUACUGAUAUCCAAGAAGGUGACCUUGUUGAAGUUGUCUUAUCAGCUUCUGCAACAUUUGAAGAUUUUCAGAUUCGACCCCAUGCUCUGUUUGUUCAUUCAUACAGAGCACCAGCCUUUUGCGAUCACUGCGGAGAAAUGCUGUGGGGUCUUGUGCGGCAGGGACUCAAAUGUGAGGGAUGUGGCCUAAACUAUCACAAGAGAUGUGCAUUUAAGAUCCCUAACAACUGCAGUUGUGUCCGGAAGAGACGGCUUUCAAAUGUUUCCUUGACAGGACUUAGUAAUAUCAGGACAGUGUCUGCAGAACUUUCACCUACUACUCCAGAUGAAACUCUCCUGAUUCCUACAAGCCCUAGCUUUGAGCAAAAAUCACCUCCGGAGUCUUUUGGGAGAGAGAAGAGAUCCAAUUCACAGUCAUACAUUGGGCGACCUAUUCAACUUGACAAGAUUUUGCUUUCCAAGGUUAAAGUGCCUCAUACGUUUGUGAUCCAUUCAUAUACACGGCCAACGGUCUGUCAGUAUUGUAAGAAGCUACUGAAGGGACUUUUUAGACAGGGCUUGCAAUGCAAAGAUUGCAGGUUCAAUUGUCACAAACGCUGUGCACCCAAAGUGCCAAAUAAUUGCCUUGGGGAAGUGGCCAUUAAUGGAGAUUUGCUUAGCCCGGGUGCUGAGUCUGAUGUUGUCAUGGAAGAGGGAAGUGAUGACAACGACAGUGAAAGAAACAGUGGACUCUUGGAUGAAAUGGAGGAAUCUGUGGGUCAUGAUGCUGAGAUGGCAAUCAUGAACCAGAAUGACAAUGGAGAAAUGCAGGAUGCUGAUCCUGACCAGGAUGAGAGUAAUAGGAUGAUCAGCCCUUCGACAAGCAACAAUAUUCCAUUAAUGAGAGUAGUGCAAUCUAUCAAACAUACAAAAAGGAGAAGCAGCACAGUGAUGAAAGAGGGGUGGAUGGUUCACUACACAAGCAAAGACACUCUGAGGAAACGUCACUACUGGAGAUUAGACAGCAAAUGUAUUACACUGUUUCAAAAUGACACUGAAAGCAAAUACUACAAGGAAAUUCCAUUGUCUGAGAUUUUAUCUCUGGAACCUGCAAAAAACUUCAAUUUAAUGCCACAGGAAGCUAUUCCCCAUUGCUUUGAAAUAACCACAGCAAAUGUAGUCUACUACGUCGGGGAAAAUGUAGAAAACCUGCCAAGCCCUCCAGCUAAUAACAAUGUUAUCACAAGUGGUUGUGGCCUAGAUGUUGCAAGGAUGUGGGAGAUGGCUAUCCAGCAUGCCCUCAUGCCUGUUAUUUCCAAAGGGGCAUCCACUGGUUCAGGACCAAGUCUACACCGAAAUAUAUCCAUCAGUAUCUCUGUGUCAAAUUGCCAGGUCCAAGAAAAUGUGGAUAUCAGUACAGUAUACCAAAUCUUUCCAGAUGAGGUGCUGGGAUCAGGACAGUUUGGAAUUGUUUAUGGAGGAAAACAUCGCAAAACAGGAAGAGAUGUAGCAAUUAAAAUCAUUGACAAACUGAGAUUUCCAACUAAGCAAGAAAGCCAACUUCGUAAUGAGGUUGCAAUUUUACAGAAUCUGCAUCACCUGGGGGUUGUAAAUUUGGAAUGCAUGUUCGAGACACCAGAAAGAGUAUUUGUUGUUAUGGAGAAGCUCCAUGGAGACAUGCUGGAGAUGAUCUUGUCAAGUGAAAAAGGGAGGUUGCCAGAGCGAAUCACCAAGUUUUUAAUUACGCAGAUCCUGGUUGCUUUGAGACAUCUUCAUUUUAAAAACAUUGUUCAUUGUGAUCUCAAACCUGAAAAUGUAUUGCUGGCAUCUGCUGAUCCUUUCCCACAGGUGAAACUUUGCGACUUUGGUUUUGCACGGAUCAUUGGAGAGAAAUCAUUCAGACGUUCAGUUGUGGGUACGCCAGCCUAUCUCGCUCCUGAAGUCCUGAGAAACAAAGGGUACAAUAGAUCGUUAGAUAUGUGGUCUGUGGGGGUUAUUAUCUAUGUCAGCCUUAGUGGCACCUUUCCAUUCAAUGAAGAUGAGGACAUUCAUGAUCAAAUCCAGAAUGCUGCUUUUAUGUACCCACCGAACCCCUGGAAGGAAAUCUCACAUGAAGCUAUUGAUCUCAUAAAUAAUUUGCUGCAAGUGAAAAUGAGAAAGCGCUAUAGUGUGGACAAGACGUUAAGCCACCCAUGGCUACAGGAUUACCAAACCUGGCUAGACAUGCGUGAGCUUGAAUCUAAAAUAGGCGAGCGUUACAUCACCCAUGAGAGUGAUGAUUCACGGUGGGAACAGUAUGCCGGAGAAAAUGGCUUGCAGUAUCCAACACACCUUAUCAGCCCAAGUGCUAACCACAAUGAAAACCCUGAGCCAGAGGAAGCAGAGAUGAAAGCCCUCAGUGAGCGUGUCAGCAUCCUUUAAAUUGCAGCCCUUGUAAUCUGUCAAAACACUGUGGAACUAAUAAAUACAUACGGUCAUGUUUAACA